UAUACCGGUGUUGACCUCUCUGAAUGGAAGUUUCACUUCUCAUCUUUCUUUUGGGGCUCUACGCUUAGCGAUUGGGAAAAUUGAAACUGAUAAUGUCAGUUUCGCAGAAAUGGUGGAGGAAGCAUCUCUUUAUCAGAUCAGUAUCCCAUUAAAUGCCGCAAUUCAUGUUUAAGCAAUGACAAGAUGAAGAUGUUUUGGCUGUUCUGCGGUAUUGCCUUCCUGACUUUGUUGGCUACCGCGGAGGGUCACCUGUUUAUGAAGGAUGGAUUCGUCGGGAUUGGUCUUGACCUUUCCAAACUCGGAAUAGGAGGGAAAUGUCCCCCAUCCGUAAAUGUAACUUGUCCCUGUGGUAUCAAGCAAACGCCCACAGAAGUCGCCGUUGCCAUAUGCAGUUAUUCUUAUCGAUGGAAAGUAAGGUGUAAGCCGUGCGAUGAUCUCAAAGAAGAAGACGUUUGUCCACGAUACAGAAGAUGCCUACAAUGCCAUCCGAAUGGAGGAGAUAAUUGCGCUACGUGUCCAGAAGGAAAGUAUGGAGUUUGGUGUGAAAAUGACUGCGACUGUGUGAAUGGAGGUGUCUGUCAGAGAGACGGAAGGUGUCUAUGCUCCGCAGAUUUCGAAGGAAGGAGAUGUGAACGUCGUAAAGGCUGUAAACCUCCAGAACCACCCAUUCCUCCUCUUCAAGUCGUUCUCAGUCCACCUGACAUGCCGGUCACUGCUGUCUACACUUGUCCGAACGAAUAUGAAUUGAGAGGUGCAGCCGUUCUCACGUGUAUGUCUAACCACAAGUGGUCCGGUAAACCUCCAAUGUGUCUUCGAAAAUGUCCAUUACUGAGCGCUCCUGCUAAUGGACGACUCACAUUUUCUACAAACGAAUUAGUGGUUGGAGUGACAGCUAGCAUUACAUGCAACCUACACCAUCGACUUAUUGGAAGUCCAACCCUGACUUGCAUGGAGGAUGGAAACUGGAGUGGGGAACUUCCUUUGUGUGAAAAGCUGGCUUCGUGUCCGGAUCCAGGAAACGUGCAAUUUGCAGAUCGUAUCAUUCCUCCAGAUGCCGUGAGGUUGGGCGGUCAUUUCAUCCAGGAUUCUCGCAUCGAGUACAAAUGCCAGCCUGGCUAUGAACAACUUGGAACUGACACCAUACUCUGCUUAUACGACGGGACUUGGUCGGACAGUUUGCCAUCUUGCAUUAAAGUGUCGACAAUGAUUCCAAACUGUAAUACUAAAGGAUCGGAAAUUGUAAACAAUGAAGGCGUAUCAGUGAGAAUCAUUUGCCCUCCUGAGUGCGUCGAUGAAGAUUUCAAUGUAUGGGGAACUUCCAUCUACCGACAAAAUUCGUCCGUUUGCCAAGCUGCCAUUCAUUCUGCUAAAAUCACGAACAGUGGGGGUCAAGUGGCUGUAAUCAAUAAUGGACCCUACUCCCACUUCACUGGAAGUUAUUCCAACAAUAUCGAAUCAGAAAGCUAUGAUGGACGAGAUUUAAGUUUCCGUUUUGACAGACUGCCUCCAAUAAGCCGAUCAGGAAACACUAAAGAAUGCGAGAAAGGAUUAGAAAAACUGGCUCACGUCUGUGUUUACGUUUCGAACAACAAGCGUACUUAUAAAGAAGCAGUAGCUGUUUGUUCAAAUAUGGGAUAUCAGAUGGAGUUGCCCUCGGCAUCUGAUGACAGACUCAGCUUGGUGACUCUGUUGACCUCAAAAAAUAUCGGUACUGCUUGGGGUGAAGUGGAUAUUGAAGCUCCCGAGGAUAAUGCAACAGAAGUUUUUAAAACAAAUCCUGAGUGUCCAAGUGUGUCCAUAGAAGGUCUAGAAUUUAAGCCAAGUGACCAAAGAUGCGAUCAAAUAUUAAGCUAUGUUUGCGUCAAAAAGUCCCAAGCCAGUUCAUUAGCCAUCUGCGAAGACCCAGGGACUCUGACUAACGGUGAGGCCAAACCUAUCGGAAAAAUCGAGGAUGUUUUUUUUGUUGGAUCGUCAGUUGAAUUCUCGUGCAAAUCACUUCAUUACUUAAAAGGUGCUGCAUCGAUAUCUUGCCUGCAGAAUGGUACUUGGUCAGAUCAGAAACCCACAUGCGUUAAAGUGAAUGCAUGUGAAGACCCACCCACUCCGAUAGGAGGUUUUGUGACAUAUCUACCACCACUGAAGACACCGACGCAGCAGAGAGCUGCAGUUCAUUCAGCAGGCAUUAUGGGAAGCAGAGCUGCUCGACUUCCUGUCGGAUUAUCAGCCAGCUUGCCUGAAAAUUUACCACCUGCCACAACAAAGGAACCAGAAACAAUCUCUCUGCCACCGGGACUGCACAGAAUAGGAGAACGUGCCAUGUAUGAUUGCGAAUCCAGAUAUUACAAAUUAAUAGGAUCUCGUACUAGGCGUUGCCAAGGCGAAGGAGAAUGGAGUGGAAGACCACCCACCUGUAUACCAGUGUGUGGACGAUCAGAUUCCCCACGAUCUCCAUUCAUUGUCAAUGGAAAUGCAACUGACGUAGGACAAUGGCCUUGGCAGGUCGGUAUUGCAAGAUUCUACGCGGAUUUCGACCAGUGGUUUCUUUUAUGUGGGGCUGCAUUACUCAACGAGCGAUGGGUUAUAACCGCCGCUCACUGCGUUACUUAUGCUGGUACAACGCUCACUAUAGAACCAGACAAAUUCCAAAUUUAUUUCGGCAAAUAUCACAGGCAAGACAGCAAAGAUGACGAAUAUGUACAAGUCAGAAAGAUUCGAGAAAUCCAUAUUCAUCCAGACUAUGAUCCGGGGUUAUUUGAUGCGGAUAUUGCUUUACUACAGUUGGACGCUCCUGUACAACUAAAUAGCAGAGUACAACCUAUUUGUUUACCUACAGAGCAAUCUACGAGAGAUAAUUUGGUCGAAGGAAAAAGAGGAGUGGUUACAGGAUGGGGUAUGAAUGAAAACCAAACUUAUGCCGAGACUUUGCAGCAAGCUGUCCUACCUGUCGUGGAACGUGAGAAAUGCGAGAAGGGAUAUGCAGAAUCGGAUCUUCCUCUGACCGUCACAGAGAACAUGUACUGCGCCGGUUUUGAAGCGGGAAGAUCCGAUGCCUGCAGUGGUGAUAGUGGUGGACCCAUGGUAUUCACGGACGAUUCAUCAAAGGAAAGAAAAUGGGUUCUUGAAGGUAUUGUUAGCUGGGGAAGUCCACAAGGAUGUGGAAAUCCGAAGCAAUAUGGGGGUUUUACAACUGUUAGUAAGUUCUUGGAUUGGAUUCACCUGUACUUCUAGAUAUUGGUAAUAAAACAAAUUAUAAACUUUUUCAA